ACAGAGGCUGAAAUCUGUCUGCUCCAGAGAGAGGAGCAGUGCUGGGUCCAACAUGACAUCUGGUGAUGGCUGCGAUGGAAACGACAGCAUCUUUCUGCUGGGAUUUAUCCACUGCUAUUAUGAUUAUUUGGGCCUUAUGAUGUUUAUGUGUGCAUAAGUAGGGACGGCUCCAAUUCAGCUCAGAACAGCACGGGUUUAAGGAAGGAAGGCCUAAAUAGUGGGGAUUAUUCUGCCUCUCUCUCUCUCCCUCUCUGUCGCUCUCUCUUACCCUGUUUUCCAGCAUCACUCGCUCUCUGCCUCUCACUUCUGUCCCUGUCGCUGCGAUGACCACAGCAGGCAUGACCACCGCAGGCAUUCACCGAGGCUUCCUCAGGAAAUACGGGGGCUUCAUGUUUAAGCAGUGGAAGGAGAGGUACCUUGUACUGACCUUGGAGGGGAGCCUGCUGGUGUGCCGCGAUGCAGAGUCUCCACCUGACCAGGUGGUGGCGCUACAAACCAACUGCGAGUCGAUUGCAGAGGGACCUGCAAUUCUUGACCUGCCCAAGUUGCCUCCAGGGGGCAGGAGGGACUGCUGCUUCGCCCUCAUCCUGCCCCAGAACAAGUUCCUGCUGCUUCUCACUGACAAUCCUGACGACUGCAAUUUGUGGCUGAACCUGAUCAGGAAAGUGAGGGAGGGUGUCAUGUCUCCCCUCACCCUCCAGAGACGUUGCAGCAUCACUCCCUGCAUCACCGACAGAGAGCCCCUGCCUGACUCCUUCAGUGAUAAAGACCCCGGGUCUCCCAGGAUUAGUGAGGGCACCCCUCCGCUGACUCGAGUCACCGAGCGGGGAGGCUCCUUCAGAGACCGAGGCCAGAACCAAGCGAGUGCCCCUCGUCGUUCUCUGCGUAGCGUUUCUGUGGCCCCGCCUCAUCGCAUGUCGGAUUGUCUUCGCCACGGCAACAGCAGCGAUGCCCGGGCAGUGAGGGCGGUGUGCCUGCUGAUGGGAGGCGCAGCGGCCUCCUCUGCGCUGGGCUACCUCAACUCCUGCUCCCCCUCCUCUCCCCUCGCCAGCAGAGGCCCAGAGAUGGCCCACGGUGCAGGCGGCUUCUCCGAGCUUUCCGCAGGAGGUUCCUUCCACGCCUGCAGCCAAGACGUCGACUCCCCACACUUCAACAGCUUCGACUUUGAAGGAGACUCCGACUUCGAUGCAUUCGACUGCGGAGGCUUUGCUUUUUAGUUUUGACUGGAAAGGGAGGGAAUGUGUUUGAAAGACCUUUUAGUCUAAUAAAAAUCCCUCUGCUAGUUUUCCUUUAUAAAAAAGGGCAUUGUUAUUAAUUAACCACUCAGUUUAAUUAUCUAUAUGUCUAAUUUAUAGAUUAAUGAAGGUGUUCUUCCUGGCUUUAUGCCCGUGCUCCUCAGGUAAAUCAUUCAUGAUUUUGGCUCCUCUGAACACUGUCUGUCUGUGUUGUAUCAGUCUUUCCAUGCCACAGGACGGCACGAGGUUGAGCAGUAUAAUGAUUCCAGACAGCCAUGCAGAUAUUUAUGAGGACAUUUUAAUCUCAGAACUUUUAACACUUAUUUUUCUCCACUGUUUGUCUCACCACAAAGUUAAUUUUGUACUUUUUUAAAAACAUUUUACCUCUGUGGAUAUUUUUGUCCUUAUCCACUUUCUUUCCGUUCAAUUUGCACAAUUUCCUUUUCAUCCACCAUCUGCGUAUUCUAUCAUCUUAUAAGAAAUGCAGUCCGAAGGUGAACUCCAAAUAAAUCCUGCUGUCAACAUGCUGUGUGUCUUUCUCUCUGCAUCCAUCUGCUGUUUGUUAGCUGCUGUGAAGCGCGAGUACCUGCUGGAAGGAAA